AUGUGUGUCGGUUGUGCCUUUAUGCGUAUCCUUGUCCAGUUUAAGGAAGCGGCCGUAAAGCGGUUCUCGAAACAACAUGGCGCGCUAAGAAAGGACCGCACCACGAGACUCUUCGACAAGAGCUUCGAUUUCCGUCUGAAUGACCAUAGAUACUUCCUGAGCUCGGAAAACUCACCCCGCCAAAGAACCCGCGCCAACACAACCUCGAGAGACAUGAGGUUCAACGAGUGGCUUCCGUUCAACUUGCUGCUUCUCGUCUCGCCGGUCGCAUCCACGUAUGAGCGGACGCUCAAGACCGGUGUGCUCGGGAGACGUGGACAGACACGCGUUCGAGCAGACCCGGAUCUAUCUAUGCCUUUAGUGAUCGCGAUCUCACAACAGAACGUCGGAGACGCAAUUAAUGCUCUUUUGGUGGUGUCUAAUCCCUAUUCACCCACUUAUGGAAAAUACUGGGCCGCUUCCAAGACCGCAGAAGUGUUCUCCGCAAGCGCUGAGGCCACUAAUAGAGUGCUUCAGUGGCUCUACCAGUCCGGGGUUCCAAGCCAACAUGUGACUUCCUUGGGCUCCAGCGCACUACAUCUUAACGUCACGGUAGCGGAGGCUGAAAUGAUACUAUCCACAAACUGCUACUCCUAUACGGGCAUUGCUGGUGGUGAGGUGUUUCUCGGUUACGAUACGUACGUCUUAGAUUCAUCCAUCGCCGCGUAUGUUGACUACAUACUUCCGUCGAGUAUCCCGUGGCCUCAGCCGGAACGAAGCCGCGAUCAAGUCGGCGCCAUUCGUCCUAGGAGUGGCCCUCUUCUCAGAAGAAACAGCAACGGAGACUGCGUCACCCGCACAACACCAGAAUGUCUCAGAGAUCGCUACAAGAUGCCUUUAUACAACGACUCGCAUCCGGGCAACUCAUUCGGUAUUUUCCAACCGGCCUGGGCAUCGUGGAGAGAUACCGACCUGGACGAUUUCUUCCAGGCUUUCCAUCCCGAACUCGACGGCCAAAGACCGCUCAUGAUGGAGAUCAACGGUGGCUACCGCCGACUCGAUGCUGAUGUCGACGCCUUCAAUCUAGAGCCCAACCUCGAUUUCCAAUACGCCAUGAGCCUAUCCUAUCCCCUCCCCGUCACAAACAUCCAGGUCGGCAGUGAAGACGCCCCUGGGAAUCUCAACACCAUGCUCGCGGCCUUUGAUAAGUCCUACUGCCCGUCCAUUGAUCCUGACCGAGACGCACUGCCGGAUUCUGGAUCGUUCGACUGCGGAACGGUGGUUGCGCCCAAGGUGAUCUCAAUAUCAUACGUCUGGAAUGAAGCCGACUUUCCUCCCGAGUAUCUUGAAAGACAGUGCCUCGAGUUUCUAAAGCUGGGGUUACAAGGGGUCACUGUCAUUGUCUCAAGUGGGGAUUCAGGCCCCGCGAAGCACCCUGAAGGUACGUGUCUGGGCACUGCCACAGAUACGCAGUCUGGCGAGGAUGGACGCGGCGCGUUCUCACCAGCGUGGCCGGCUUCGUGCCCUUGGGUGACGGUUGUGGGCGGCACGCAGCUGUCUGUGGUUAACGAAGGAGCCGUGGCAUGGCGCAAUCAACCGUCAACGGGAUCCCCGCCAUAUCUAAUCACCGAGGUGACUUACUCUCGCGUUGUGAAUAAGGCCAAGCGCAGCAGUGGAGGAGGAUUCAGUACAAGAUUCCCAUCACCAGAGUACCAGAGAAGGACGGCGGCCCGGUACAUAGGUCUGGAAAGAGAACAUCUCGAGUCCUUCCAACAUCAGUUUAAUUCUUCUGGACGCGGAUACCCCGACGUUUCCAUCCUCGCCUCUGCAUACCAAGUCAUGACGGGAGGAAAGCAAAAGUCCGUCUACGGAACCUCUGCCUCGGCGCCCGUCUUCGGGUCCAUGAUAGCCCAAAUCAACGACGCGCGGCUAAAGGCUGGGAAGUCCUCCGUUGGAUUCAUCAACCCCGUGCUUUACGCGAACCCGGGGGCCUUUAAUGACAUUGUGUUGGGAUCAAAUUCUGGGUGCGGUAUCGACGAGGCCUUCCGGGCUGGGGAAGAUUGGGAUGCGGCGACGGGACUAGGAAGCCCGGAUUAUCAGAAAUUGCUCGAUGUGUUUAUGGGAUUGGAUUGA